AUGUUUGAAGGUGUUUUGGAUGUGGCAAAUGCUAAAGAGUUGGUUUCGCUGAACUUCAUAUUCAAUCGUCGUAAAGCAAAACCAUCCUUCUUCUCAGAAAUCCCAAUAAUCUUUCUUUUUCCAUUCCUAUUUUCGAAAGAACGAAAAAGACGAAACAGGCGGCAGGAGACGAAAAAUCAAUCAACUCAACCACAAUCUCAAACCCACCUCAGUCAAGUAAAAGCUCUUAGAUGGAAGAAAAACAUUCCAUCGAUGAGAUGA